AUGCUUCACGGACUGGAAGGUGUUCCGGAAUCCAGCUCAAUUUUGAAACAAGAGGGAGAAGGUGUGAAUCAAUCUAAGAAGGAAAACCCCAAACCUUCGGUCAUGCCCACUAUUAAGCCAAAAAGCAAAAAUGAACCGAAAGGCAAAGUGAAGUUGUUCAAUGAAGAACCAAUAGUUGAUAACAGCGAAGAUGAAGAGCCUGACGAACACGAGUUGAAAAUAAUAAUAGACCGUGAAGCUCAGAUGGAUGAGCACCAAAGAAUCUUUUGCGGGGCUGAAGUGAAAGAAAAUGUCAAACGCGAAGCUCAGGCCACGCUAGAAAGUCGAAAGCACUUGUUUCUAGUAUGGACCUUGAAGCAAAUCCUGAGUGAAGUUGUUGAUAUGCCGAGUCAAUAUUGGUUGGAACCAGUUGUGUCAUUUGAUCUUCAGAAUACACAAGAUUCGCAGCUGGACCUUCCGAUGACUUCGAAAGCCUUCAGGUUUCGCAGCUUUGUGAAAGUUGCGAAUGUCCCAGCAACAGACAGUGGUGCAGAGCACUUGCUUUUCUCGUUCUACCUGAAGCAUAUGAAGUCGUAG